GAGUGGUGCCGGGUGGGCGUGUGAGUGUGUGUUGUGUGUAUGAGAGCCAGUGGCGGCUGGUGUCCAGUGCUUGACCGGGUUUUUUCCGCUUUCUCUCGCGCGCGUUCGCUGCUCCGUGAACAGAACCCGUGUUCUGGUUCUAGAUAGUCUAAAACUGAUCCUUUAGUUCCAUUCUCCUGUCCGCGCUGAUCAUGCACAGACUGCAGUCCGUGGCCGCCCGCUCUCUGAUGGCCGGAGCGCUGGAUCCCUGCCCCGCUCUGUCAGCACCGCCACCGGCCAAGCGACCGAACCGCGGCGGCCUGAGGCUCCCGGCGGCCGGGGUGAAGCGCUACAACGCGGCUGGAGCUCCAGCAGCAUUCGCUGCAGCCGCGCUGGUGAACCGGAAGGCCAGGGACAAGACCCUGACCAUGGAGACGCUGAACCCGCAGGUGAAGGCUGUGGAGUACGCGGUCAGAGGACCCAUCGUGAUCAAAGCCGGAGAGAUCGAGAAGAGCUUACAGGAGGGGUGUAAAAGGCCUUUCACUGAGGUCAUCAAAGCCAACAUCGGGGAUGCCCACGCCAUGGGACAGCAGCCAAUCACCUUCCUCAGACAGGUGGUGGCUCUCUGCACCUUCCCUGAACUGAUGGACAGCCCCAGCUUCCCUGAGGAUGCUAAGCGGAGAGCACGGCGUAUCCUGCAGAGCUGCGGGGGACAGAGCCUGGGCUCCUACAGUGCCAGUCAGGGGGUGGACUGCAUCCGGAAGGACAUUGCUGCUUACAUCGAACAGAGAGACCAGGGAGUGCCUUCAGACUGGGAGAACAUCUUCCUCACCACUGGUGCCAGCGAUGGCAUUGUGAAUAUCCUGCGGCUGCUGGUGUCUGGUGCAGGUCGCUCCCGCACCGGUGUGAUGAUCCCUAUCCCCCAGUAUCCGCUCUACUCGGCUGCCAUCGCUGAGAUGGGCGCAGUGCAGGUUAACUACUACCUGGACGAGGACAACUGCUGGGCUUUAGACGUGAACGAGCUCCACAGAUCCUACCAGGCUGCCAAGGAGCACUGCCAGCCCCGGGUCCUCUGCAUCAUCAACCCCGGAAACCCCACAGGUCAGGUUCAGAGUAAGAAGUGUAUCGAGGAUGUUCUGCACUUCGCCUACGAGGAGAACCUGUUUGUCAUGGCUGACGAGGUGUAUCAGGAGAAUGUGUACGCUCCAGACUGUCAGUUCCACUCCUUUAAGAAGGUUCUGUAUGAGAUGGGGCCGGAGUAUUUUAACAGUGUGGAGCUGGCCUCCUUCCACUCCACUUCUAAGGGUUAUACUGGAGAAUGUGGCUUUAGAGGAGGCUUUAUGGAGGUGGUGAAUCUGGACCCAGAGGUCAAGGCCCAGCUGGUAAAGCUGCUGUCGGUCAGAUUGUGCCCGCCGGUGGCCGGACAGGCUGCGAUGGACGUGAUCGUGAAUCCCCCACAGCCAGACGAACCUUCUUUCACUCAGUUCCACAAGGAGAAGGCCGCGGUUCUGGGGGCCCUGGCGGAUAAAGCUAAGCUAACGGAGCAGAUUCUCAGUGCUGUGCCUGGAAUUAAGUGCAAUCCUGUUCAGGGAGCCAUGUACGCCUUUCCACAGAUCUUCAUCCCCCCCAGAGCAGUGGAGGAGGCCAAGGCUCUGGGAAUGCAGCCGGACAUGCUGUACUGCCUCAGACUCCUGGAGGAGACCGGUAUCUGCGUGGUCCCGGGCAGCGGCUUCGGACAGAGGGAAGGAACCUACCAUUUUAGAAUGACCAUCCUACCCUCUCCGGAGAAGCUGAAGGUGCUGCUGGAGAAAGUGCGAGAUUUCCACAUGAAGUUCCUGAAGGAGUUUUCCACGCUGGAGGAGCCGCAGUGCCGAGUGCAGGCCUGAAGCGGCUGAGGGCGAAGCUGGACUAGAGUUUACUUAACACACUAACCACUGCAGCUACAGUAGUGUUGAGUAGCUUUAAAAAGUUUACGUUUAACCUUAUUUACUUAUUUACUUACGUAACAGAAAGGUACCGUGAGAAACGAAAAGGUUUUAAGGGAUUGUUUAUUUUUAUUAUUUUUAUUUUCUUUUGUUCGUUGAUUUCUGAAACUGUUCUAUUUGUGCCUUUUGUCUCGUUCUAAAGGGAAAGUUAAAGAGGGAUGGGGCGGAUUCUGUUACACUAAACACUAAAGCGUGAAUGUUCAGAAGGUCGGGUUGGGUCGGGGGAGGAGGCGUCUGGCUUCUGGCGUUUAGUUUUUAUAAUUCAUGUUUCUCAGUCAUUCUCUGUCGUGUGCUACACAGGGUUCUUUGAGUGAUGCUGUAGAAGAACCAUUAAUGUGAAAGGUAGUGUGACUAGGGAUGCACCAAUGUGGGAAAAAGUCCUUACAUAGACUGGUCACAGCUUUAAACCCUCUUUUUUUUUUAAUUAGGAGGUUAAAUAAAACUGUAGAUCUGUUAAAACUGCCAAAUAUUCCGGACUAUAAGGUAAACUGAAAAUCCUUUAAUUUUCCCAACAAAAAGUGCACUAUAUAAAUGAAUGAGUUCUACCAGUAAGGUAUUAAGGAGCAGUGAAGCCACUCUGCUGAAGUACAGUGUUAUAAGUCUACAUUUUCAGUGAAGUUUCUCCAGCACUAAGGCUGGGUGCAGCAGCAUUAGCAUUAGCCGCUAACUUCAUUGCUAGCUCUUUUGCCAUUCAGGGAUGAGUAUAUAGGACUGUAGUCUGCAUGUUUGCCGUGUAAAAGAGAGCUACAUGGGAUGAAAUGCGAAUUAAUAGCACCCUGGGUUACAGGAACACUCAGGGUCACUCAGUCUAGCUCUAUUGGUCAGCAAUUACGUCCUGCUGGCGCUGGGGUUAGCGGCUAAUGCUAAUGCUGCUGCACCCAGCCCUAGUGCUGGAGAAACUUUACUGAAAACUCACCCUUAGACAAAAUAUUGGGAAUCUAAGCUUUACUCACCCAAAUAAACAGGUUUCUGGAGAGAAAUCUGUGUAGAUUGAUAUCAAACACUCGUUUGACUUUGAAAGAGAGUUUUUUUUUUUUUUUUAAAUAAUUACAGUUUUGUUUAGUUAGACGCUUCCCCAUUAGAAGGGAAACAUGGCAACACCCUUGCUCACUUUAAUAUAGGCAUCCUUACUAGUGUCACUAAAUGCUCCUGGUGCACUUUAUGUAUGAAAAUAGACCAGAAAAUAGACAUUUCUUGACAGUGUGCCUUAUAAUCCAAUAAUAAGGUAAAAAAAAAAUUUAAUGUACUUAAAGAAGUGUGGCCAGUGUCGCUUGGUCCUUUUUUCAGAUUAGAAUAAUAAGUACUUAUAUUAUUACAGCAAGUAUCAGUUUUAAUUAUUUUCCAAAUUAUUGUCCUAGGCAUCAGCAUGAAACCAAUUAUUCUUUAGGGAAAAAAUAAAUAAAUAAAUAAAAAUAUAUAUAUUAUUGGCCAAUACUAUUAUAAUUUUGAUAUCAUUGUGCAUCCCUACAUGUUACAGUUCUGUGCCAAUUUAAAAUCACCUGACACACCUUAUUCAAUACCAUUGUUUAUAAUGAUUAACACACACACACACACACUGCCACAAUGCCGCUCGGUGACGCACAAGAACUGGAAGCGCUGUUUUAGUUCCUCAGAGCAGAACAGUGCAGUAUUUUUCAUUAUCACAACAACGCCAUAAAAAUCAGUGAUAUAAAGGCCUGUCAUGAUGAUUACGUUAUUGAUUUAUCACACAUACAUACAUGUGCAUACGUGAACUUAACGGGUAAUAUUGAGAUUGCCAAAAAAAUCUCCAGCGUGUCAACUCAGUUCAAAUAUCUAUUUAUAUUCUUUAUUUAUGACUUUCUAAUUUCAGUGUCUGUAUAAUCUCAAUCACCAAAAAUGUUUUUAAAAUGUAAAAAUACUGUUUAUUAUAUUUGUAUCAAAGGCAUAAAAUGGUAAUAUUGAUUGAAGUUUUUUUAAAACCAUAAUUAUCCUGACAGGCCUAAUAAUGAGUGAUCUGUGACUCCAAAGAAACUCCCUUGUGGUGAUGGAUGAGUGCAAUAUUCUGUUUAACACUUUACAAUAAGGCUCAUUAUUUAAUAAACAGUACUUACUACCAUAUGUUACAACUAAUUAAUAGUUAACACUAUUUAAGAUCAUUUCUCAUUACUGCUAAAUAAUAAUACAUUUUAAAAUUAAAAUAAUCUGCCACUAUAAUCGGGAGAUCGCUGGUUCCAAUCCUGGUUAUGCAGCUUGCCUUUAGCAGCCGGAGCCCUGAGAGAGCACAAUUGGCCUUGCUCUCUCUCUGGGUGGGUACAGUAGAUGGAGCUCUUUCCCCUCAUCACUGCUAGGGUGAUGUCGAUCAGCACAAGGCUGCGUCUGUGAGCUGCUGUAUCAAAACCGAGUCGCUGCGCUUUUCUUCGAGCGUUAGCGCUGUGAUGCUAUUCGGCAAUGCUACAGCAUCAGCAGCAGUUCAAAAAGAGGCGGAGUCUGACUUCACAUGUAUCGGAGGAGGCAUGUGCUAGUCUUCAUCCUCCUUGCGUUGGGGUAUCACUAGUGAUGUGGGAAAUACAGCUGAGUAGCAGAUGAUUGGGUGGGAAAAUAUGCCAGAUAAAGAUAAAGAUAAAGAAAAAUGUUAAAAUAAUAAUUAAUUAAUUAGAAAUGUGCAAACUAGUGGCGGUUCAUAAUUAGUUGAUACAUUAUUUUACCAUUUAACAAUGUUUAUUACUGUUAAAUGGGCUAAUAAUUGUUUGAUCCUUAUUGUAAAGUGUUGAUUAAUGAACUAAACAUUUAUUAUAAAUUAUAAAUCAUCAAAAGUCGCAAAUUCUAUGCAAUCCUUUCAGAAUUAAUUAUCUAUAAUAUUAACAUGCCAAUCUCUCUCAUGGCACUAUGUACUGUUCAUACUUUAAUUGUGAAAUUAAUUGUGUUUUUUUUUUCCAAUGGCAUCACUCCUAGAACCCUAAGCAGUACAGACUGUAAACAGAGAGCAUAUUCAUGAAAUUGUCUCUAAAUAUGAGCUUAAAUGGGUCAUAUCAUAUCAUAUAUAUAUAUAUACUGCUUUUUAUUCUUUUCUUUUCUUUUUUUUUUCUAUCUGCUCCAGAGUUUAGACUUUCCCUGUGGUUUAGAAGAUCUGUUACUAAUAUUUUGCACUUCCCAGAGAAUGUGCUGAUGCAGCAUUAUUUUGGGGCUAUUUAACUGUAAAAUUAGAGGCUUUUUGCUGCGAUGAGAAGUGUUUUAUUUAGAGAUCUGUUUUAAAUAUGGGGUGCUGAGUAGUGUUAGUAAGCUGGUGCAGUGUUUCUGAAACCCUCUUCCUGCAGAACCUCUGUUCUGCAUGUUGUAGUUCUUCUGUUCCCUGAUUUAACUCAUUAACAAUCUCCUGCUGAACGGGCUUUUAAAUAGUGUUAGUGCAGGAGGUGUGUUACAUUUUUAAUAUUUUACAUAAGGCUGCAACGAUUAGUCGAUAUAAUCGACAAUGUCGAUAAUUUAAAUUUGUCGACUACAUAUUUCAUUGUCGACUAAUCGUUAAAUCGUUAAUAAGAGUCCUGCAUUGCGCAUAGUGCUGGGGACAGAGGUGCAAUGUGAGAUGGAUAAAUGGCUCAGCUUGUGUCUCCAAAAGUGCCCAAACACAACAGAUUAUAUAUUUACUAAUUAAAUAUCAGUACUUUCCACGUUUAAACAGCAUCCAGACGUUUAAAUGCCUUUUAAAUCUCAUGUUCAGCUGUUUUUAUUGUUUUUAGAGAUGGAGAACAUGGCAGAAAUAAUCGUUGACUAAUAAUCGACUAAUCAAAAAAAAAUAAUCGUCAGAUUAGUCGACUACCAAAAUAAUCAUUAGUUGCAGCCCUAGUUCUACACCGUGUACAGUUUUCUCUGCUGCCUGAACUCCUGAUAAAACUUUAGAUAAGAGUUUCUGAGGGGAGCUGGGUGAAUUGGUGAACAGUGAAAACACUACAGCAUGCAGGACAGUAGUGGGUCUCCUGGAUGAGAACUGAAGAUCACUGCUGUAAAGACAUAACUUGAUUAACUUUACUAACAGAAAGAGAGAAAAAUCGUAGAUUAGAAAUAAAAAAUAAAAAAAGAAAUGGUACCUUUUUAAAUAGAGCUGGGCGAAAUGGAAAAGUCAUUUAUUACAAUACGCAAUUUUAUUAAGGAUGUUAGGGAUGCACCGAAUAUUUGGCAACCGAAAUGAUUCAGCUAAAAGUGGCAAUAAAGUACUUUAGGGUGUUCAGCCUAAUACGUAAAAACACAGAAUCAUUUAUAUUAUUAUCAAACAAUGGUGUUUUGUUUAAAAAAAAAACAACAAAAAUGCACUCAGGCAGAUUACAGCAUCAGUCCGCAAGUUUUUGAGUUUUGGUUUUGGGGAUUUGGAGACCUCUCUGGUGAGAGAGUGUAAUUGCACCACAGCAAGUAUGCUGACAAGUGUUUGUUUGUUUGUUUUUGUUUGUUUUUGUUUUUAAAAAACGAUUUCUGUUUCUGUGUUCUCAAACAUGUCGUAGCCUAGCUGUGAUUGGUCCGCUGAGCCUUGUGUUCCCGCCUACACAUGCGGACCUUCACGGCAAAACUGCAGAGCAAUGCAGAAACACUAAAGCGCACAAUUAUAAACACGCACAACGGCGCGAAACCUUAAAUAAUUUAGUUUUUAGUAUAUAUUGUUUUGUUCGUUUUGUUUAUUUGUUCAUUAAAAAACUGUCUAAAACUGCAUACAACCUACCAGACCGCCUUGUUUGAAUAAAUAAAUAUAUUUAGAUUAAUUAUAUUAUUAUAUUAUAUUUUUAUUAAAAUAUGUUGGGCCCUUCCAACUCGAAAAUAUUACUGCGUUUAAUUGAAAAACAUUUUAAAUUAAAUUGUAAAAAUCUUACAGACUGAUGCUUUAAUUUGUGCAUUGAUUAAAAAGAAGUGGCAAAAUUAAUGAAAACCUGUGUUUUUUUUCGGUGUAUCCUAAAUAUUUAUCACAAUAUUCUAUAAUCAUACACAAAGCUGACAAAAUAAAAUUCACCCAUACAGAGAGAUUCUUGAAAAAAAAUGCUUUUUAAACACUGUUACACUCCUAUACUGUCCCAUAAUCCUAUAAUGUAUCCUUGAACAGCAUUCUGUAAGCAAUUAUAUCUGUUCAAUAUAUUCAAAAAACGAUAUAUUGUGCGUCAUGAUACAGUUUAUCACGAUACAAUAAAAUGUCAUCAUAUUGCCCAGCUCUACCUUGAGAAGAGAUUUACUAAAUACUCUUUUAUUUAUGUACAUUAAUCCAAAAUAUUAUUCAAAGUUACUCUAGACCAUUUUUAUUGGUCUGUUAUCAUUUUUUUUCACACAGUGUGGAAAAGAAAACAGCUGCUACUGAGAUGAUCUAAAAGAACAGAGAUGUGCGAGUUUGAUGGCAGCUGAUCUGCAGUCAGUGCGACAGUAAAGGACUGUGUUUUAAAGCAGUAGCUUGACCUAGCAUGCUAAUGGCUAACAAUAGAGCUGCUUAUAAUGCUUAUUAAUGGAUGGUUGCUUGCAUUUGUUGUUGGCUACUUUGGCACGACCUUUAACUGACUGACUGACUGACUGAUUGAUUGAUUGAUUGAUUGAUUGAUUAUUCAUUUAAUUGUACAUACAAUAAUAAUAUUAAUAAAAAUAAUAAUAAUAGGAGCACUAAUGCUCCACAUUUCUUCAUCUCUAUUAAAUAUUAAAGAGAUAAUAAACGGUAGCACUGGAGUUAGACCGAGUGGUCAGAAUAUGAUCAGUCAGAAAAGACACUUUUUUUCUUUUUAUUUUUUUUUUUUUACAUGAAAAGAGAACUUUUUCUGAAUUUCAUAUUUUAUAGGCCUACCUGUCAAUCAUCAGAGUGAUAAUAAAUUAUGAAUGGAGGGUUAUGAAGUCACGUGCUCCCCCUGUCGCUGUAUAUGUGACAAUGUUUUGCAUAUUUUCAUUAAAGCGAGUUCUGUUACUUUUCUCAUGUCAUCUGUUUACAAUUAUGCAUUUUUGUUUUUUAAAGAAAAAUAAACUGAAUGAAUUUGCAAAAAAUAAAGUUAUUUAAUAAUUUC